CUACGUCAACGAUCAUGGCGGCGCCCUAAGCGAGAAACUUCCAUGCGUAAAUGAAGUGCUUGUAGUUUUAAAGUGAUCUACAUAAAGACAGGAGAAAGAUGCCAGCAGCACUAAACCUCGGCAAUGAGGUGGUGAAAAUGAGAGCCGAGGUGAAGCGGGUGAAGGUCCUCAUCAUUCGCAAGCUCACCCGCCAGAUCUUCGCUCUGAAGAAGAAGAAAGGGACCGAAGCCGACCUGGAGAGGAACCAGAGGAGAGCGGCAAGGUUGCUGGAGGAGAUCCACGAACUGAAGGCACUCGCACCAGACAGUGUCACCAAGGCUGCCCUGCAGAGUGACAUCAGCUUUGAGAAAGUCUGCCAGAAUAAAGACUCCACCCUUUCAGAACGCGCCACAGCCCGCAUUGCCACACACCCCGAGUUCAGCAAGAGAAUCCAGAGCAUCAAAAAUGCCAUAGAAGCCUUUAAAGCAGAGAGGACAAGUGCUGAGAGAGCUGAAAAGAAGAAAGAAAAAAAAUCUAAAGACGUCGACCAACAAGAGAGAGAACCAAAACUAGAUAGUGAUGACGAAGAGGGCUCAGAGGAUGACGAUGAUGUUGUCGAAGACGAUGAUGACGGCGAUGAUGAUGGUUCCUCUCAAAAGGUCCAGAAAGCAGAUGAAGAGAAUGUACAGGAACCAAUGAAGCAGAAUAAGGAUCCAGUCACAGCAAAAGAGAGUUCCUCAGGAACAGUUAGCACUCCAGUUGAGGUGGUGAGGAUGAGGAAGGAGGUGAAGAAACUCCGGGUGCUGAUUAUCCGGAACCUCACCCAGCAGCUCACCGGUCUCAAGAAGGCAAAGCCUGAAGAGACCGAGCUAAAAGGGAACGUGGAAUGUGUGGCACGGCUGCAAGAAGAAGUACAGGUCUUGAGGACGCUUCUACCUGACCACGUUACCUCCAGAGCCCUCGAGGGGAGCAUUGAUAUGGAGAAAGUGUUCCAGGAUCCAGAGUCUAGUGCGACAGAGAGAGCGACAGCACGGAUCGCAACACACCCAUGCUUCGUGAAGAAGCUUCAAGAUGUAAGAAAAGCCAUUGAAGAAGAGAAGACGAAGGCUGCAAAGGCUGGAGAGGAGAACAAGGCUGGAGAGGAGAACAAGGCUGGAGAGGAGAAUAAGGCUGGAGAGGAGAAUAAGGCUGGAGAGGAGAACAAGGCUGGAGAGGAGAAUAAGGUUGGAGAGGAGAACAAGGCUGGAGAGGAGAAUAAGGUUGGAGGGGAGAAUAAGGGUGUUAGUGAAAUGAUGAAUGCUGAAGAUAGUGAUGGUGAAGUUGAAGAAGAAGAAGAGGAGGAGGAGGAGGAGGUGGCUAGUGAUGAAGAUGAUGAUGAUGAUGAUGAUGAUAAGGAGGAGGAGGAGGAGGAGGAGGAGAAGGAGAAAGUAAAGGAGAUGCAUCCGACCUUGACAGUAAUUCCAAAGUCUAACGUUGAAAAGCCACCAGAGGACACCAAGUUGGCUUCUGCAAAAGAGAAAUCAAAAGGAGCAGAGCUGAAAAAAGCUGUGAGAAGCCCUGCAAAUCCAAAAUCUAGUUCCAAACCACCAGUCAAAGCAGUCCAGAGUCUGCCAUCCAAGACCAAAGAAGCAGCACCACCACUGGGACAAGUCUCCAAACCUGACACCAAGAAACCAGAAAACAGAAAGGACAAAGAAGAGUCGGACAUGUCUGAGUCUGAUGAAGAGAAAGAGUAUUUUGACGACAGCACUGAAGAACGUUUCCACAAGCAGUCUUCCUAUUCAGAGCAGAGCGAUGACGAUGACUUCUUCCUCGGCAAAGUGAGCAAGCUGAAGAAGAAGAAAAGCGACACUGCGCCCAGAAAAGAAAAAACAAACGACCCUAACAAAGCUAGCCAGACACCUCAGUUCCAAAUGCAGUCAGUCUUCUGCUCCACCCUGUCCAAAUCCAGCAGUUCCUCUCAGAAGGGUGGUCCAAAGCCACCGCGUUUCCAGAACCAGAAACGUUCACAAGGUGACAAAAAACCAUCGUGGGUUAAAAGCCAAGGUUCUGGAAGGGAAAAAAGGCCUCCGGGAUUUAAAAAUCAGAUGCCUGGAUCCAGAGAGAGUUCAAAGCAGAAAGGUCCAGGAGGAGAUCAAACUGGUAAACCUGCAUUCGAGCGGAAAAACACUCCGUUUAAUAAAGCAGGGACGCAUUCCCAGCAGGCCCUGCAUCCGUCAUGGGAAGCCAGCAAGAAGAGGAAGGAGCAGCAGGCUCAGAUCACAGCCUUCCAGGGGAAAAAGAUCAGAUUUGAUGAUGAUGAUGAUUAACAUAUUUCAGGAUCAUUCUUUAUGCGUUAAGACAUUUACACUGACAUUUACAUUCAGUGUCAUAAGAUAUGUCAUAUUUGUUUUAAAUCAAAGUUCAUUCAUUCAUGUUGACAUGUUGGCAUGGUUUAAGAACUUUUUAUAGCAGUAUGUGUAAAUCCUGAAUAAAAUGUAAAUAUGUGUUUUCAUCCUAGAACUUUUCUUGAUGAAGGUAAUUGAAAAUUAGUAUGACUUUAACAUUUCUCUCUCAUGAUCAUUUUAUUACUGGAACCUAUUAAGGAAUAAAACACUUCAGGGCAUGUCAUUAUAGGAAAAUAAUCAAUGAUGAGAUUGUUAUUGGAGUUCUUUUUCUUACACUGAACAGUAUGGCCUGAAGUGUUUUAUUCCUUUUAUACUACAGCAAUUUGCCCAUGAUUUCAAUUUUUGUUUUUUUAAUGAACAACACCUCAUGCUUUAUAGCCAUUUAUAAUGUCCAUGAGACGAGUUAGUUCCUGUUAUCAGACAGUCAUUCCCUUAUAAGCCUCUCUCUUGAAUUUUAUGCCUUGGAAUAACGAUUUUAAAUGUCCUUUGUCCUGAUAAUGGUGGAAAACUGUUAGAAAAUGCUGACAUUGGAAACUCCUUCCACAAAUGUUAAAUAAAUAUGUCCUUGCAGAAAACUUCACCAUA